AUUUGCAAUUUCCAAGGGCCAUUUACCACAGGUAGCCAAGAGUUAGUUUAGCAUUUAUGAAAAAGAUAGGGGAGGGUGGUGGAAAAGAAGGAGGAGGAGGAGAGAGAGAAGGAGGAAGAGGAGAACAAGAACCAAACAUAAACAAGAACAAGAACAAGUAGAAGAAGAGGAGGAGGAGGAAAAAGUAGAGGAAGAAGAAGAACAACAACAACAACAAUGAGGGAAGGAGGAGGAGGGGAAGGAAAGACGCAUAGAAGAAUGGAAGGAAGGAUAGAAAGGAGGGAUGGAAGAGAGAAUCUAGUCACAUUACUUUUCUGAUCAGCAGUUCAUUUUUGUCUCAGUGGGAGGGAAUAGAGGCCAGUCUAGGAAAGGGGUGGGGAAAGAGGAAAGAGAAGUGGAGGAGGAAGGGGAGGGAAAAGGGGAGGAGGAGGAGGAUGUGAGACUGGGUUAGAGAAAUGAAAGAAAGCAAGGCUUUCUGUUGACAUUCAGUGCAGUCUCUCUGCAGCACAGCACACUCUCCUUGGACAAGGACCUGAGACCCUUGUGCUAAGUCAAGAGGCUCAAUGGGCUGCAGAAGAACUAGAGAAGGACCAAGCAAAGUCAUGAUAUUUCCUUGGAAAUGUCAGAGCACCCAGGGGGACUUAUGGAACAUCUUCAAGUUGUGGGGGUGGACAAUGCUCUGUUGUGAUAUCUUGGCACAUCAUGGAACCGACUGCUGGACUUACCAUUAUUCUGAAAAACCCAUGAACUGGCAAAGGGCUAGAAGAUUCUGCCGAGAGAAUUACACAGAUUUAGUUGCCAUACAAAACAAGGCGGAAAUUGAGUAUCUGGAGAAGACUCUGCCUUUCAGUCGUUCUUACUACUGGAUAGGAAUCCGGAAGAUAGGAGGAAUAUGGACGUGGGUGGGAACCAACAAAUCUCUCACUGAAGAAGCAGAGAACUGGGGAGAUGGUGAACCCAACAACAAGAAGAACAAGGAGGACUGUGUGGAGAUCUAUAUCAAGAGAAAAAAAGAUGCAGGCAAAUGGAACGAUGACGCCUGCCACAAACUAAAGGCAGCCCUCUGUUACACAGCUUCUUGCCAGCCCUGGUCAUGCAGUGGCCAUGGAGAAUGUGUAGAAAUCAUCAAUAAUUACACCUGCAACUGUGAUGUGGGGUACUAUGGGCCCCAGUGUCAGUUUGUGAUUCAGUGUGAGCCUUUGGAGGCCCCAGAGCUGGGUACCAUGGCCUGUACUCACCCUUUGGGAAACUUCAGCUUCAGCUCACAGUGUGCCUUCAACUGCUCUGAGGGAACAAACUUAACUGGGAUUGAAGAAACCACUUGUGGACCAUUUGGAACCUGGUCAUCUCCAGAACCAACCUGUCAAGUGAUUCAGUGUGAGCCUCUAUCAGCACCAGAUUUGGGGAUCAUGAACUGUAGCCAUCCCCUGGCCAGCUUCAGCUUUACCUCUGCAUGUACCUUCAUCUGCUCAGAAGGAACUGAGUUAAUUGGGAAGAAGAAAACCAUUUGUGAAUCAUCUGGAAUCUGGUCAAAUCCUAGUCCAAUAUGUCAAAAAUUGGACAAAAGUUUCUCGAUGAUUAAGGAGGGUGAUUAUAACCCCCUCUUCAUUCCAGUGGCAGUCAUGGUUACUGCAUUCUCUGGGUUGGCAUUUAUCAUUUGGCUGGCAAGGAGAUUAAAAAAAGGCAAGAAAUCCAAGAAAAGUAUGGAUGACCCAUAUUAAAUCGCCCUCAGUGAAAGAAAAUUCUUGGAAUACUAAAAAUCAUGGGAUCCUUUAAAUCCUUCCAUGAAACGUUUUGCAUGCUGGCACCUCCUACAUCAGACAUGAAGUGUUUCCUUCAGCGCAUCUGGAAAGAUUUCUACCUGACCAACAGCUCCUUCUGCUUUCAUUUUGCCCCUCAGUUAUCCCUCAACCCCCAGCCCACAGGUGUUUAUACAGCUCAGCUUUGUGUCUUUUCUGAGGAGAAACAAAUAAGACCAUAAAGGGAAAGGAUUCAUGUGGAAUAUAAAGAUGGCUGACUUUGCUCUUUCUUGACUCUUGUUUUCGGUUUCAAUUCAGUGCUGUACUUGAUGACAGACACUUCUAAAUGAAGUGAAAAUUUGAUACAUAUGUGAAUAUGGUCUCAGUUUUCUUGCAGAUCAAAUUUCACAUUGUCUUCUGUACACUGUGGAGGUACACUCUUAUAAAAAGUUCAGAAAGUCUACGCUCUCCUUGCUUUCUAACUCCAGUGAAGUAAUGGGGUCCUGCUCAAGUUGAAAGAGUCCUAUUUGCACUGUAGCCUCACCAUCUGUGAACUGGACCAUCCUAUUUAACUGGCUUCAGCCUCCCCACCUUCUUAGCCGCCUCUCUUUUUCAAUUCCUAGCAUCUCAUGAGUGCCAAGCAAAGGACAGAAGAGAGAAAUAGCCUGCACUGUUUUUUAGUUUGGGGGUUUUGCUGUUUAUGAGACCCAUUCCUUUUUCUUAUAGUCAAUGUUUAUUUUAUCACGAUAUUAUUAGUAAGAAAACAUCACUGAAAUGCUAGCUGCAAGUGACAUCUCUUUGAUGUUAUAUGGAAGAAUUAAAACAGGUGGAGAAAUUCCUUGAUUCACAAUGAAAUGCUCUCCUUUCUCCUGCCCCCAGACCUUUUAUCCACUUACCUAGAUUCUACAUAUUCUUUAAAUUUCAUCUCAGGCCUCCCUCAACCCCACCACUUCUUUUAUAACUAACUAGUCCUUAACUAAUCCAACCCAUGAUGAGCUCCUCUUCCUGGCUUCUUACUGAAAGGUUACCCUGUAACAUGCAAUUUUGCAUUUGAAUAAAGCCUGCUUUUUAAGUGUUAA